GUGAAGUGUUUUAGCUGCUGGUUAGCAAGUGAGCCUAACACUUGUGUAACAUAACGUAGCAGUGAAUCUAACUUGUUUCAAACGUAAUGGGUUGUUUUAAUCUAUAUUGCAAGUCGUUACAGCGGAGUUGUUAUCGGUUUAGAAGCUGCUAGUAAGGUGUCGUAGACGAGCUUGGUAAAGUAAAGUCCUGGAGCCGGAGCCGCUAGAAGCAGCGCAGUGUUUACACACAUGCAUGUCAGGGUUAUAACCAUCAUUAUGCUCGCUGUGCGCGCUGACUGCACACAUACAAGUCUAAUUAAAGAACAAAUGCGCCGCAACGCCCAUAUGCGAGUGUCCUUCUGGCUUUAGGACGCUUUAAAAGUCCAAACUUAAACCAUCUUGUUCCUCAGCAGACACAAACAUGAAGACUAAUAAGUCGUACAAACUUGUGUUGCACAAGAAAGGCUUUGCUGGAAGCGAUGACGAGCUGGUUGUCAACCCAAAGGUUUUCCCUCAAGUAAAUUUAGGAGACAUAGUGGAGAUCGCACACCCCACAGAUGAGUACAGUCCUCUCCUGCUGCAGGUGAAGAGCCUCAAAGAAGACCUUCAGAAAGAGACGAUUAGUGUGGACCAGACUGUAGCACAAGCCUUCAAACUGCGAGCGUACCAGGAUGUUGUUGUCAACAUUGUGGACCCAAAGGACGUGACGCUGGACCUGGUGGAGCUCACGUUCAAGGACCAGUACAUUGGGAGGGGGGACAUGUGGAGGCUCAAGAAGAGUCUGGUGAGCACCUGUGCCUAUGUGACCCAGAAGGUGGAGUUUGCAGGAAUCAGAGCUCAGACCAGUGAACUUUGGGUGAAGGGAGAGAAAGUUACGUGUGGCUACAUCAGUGAGGACACCAGGGUGGUGUUCAGGUCCACGUCUGCCAUGGUGUACAUCUUCAUCCAGAUGAGCUGUGAGAUGUGGGACUUUGAUAUCUACGGCGAUCUCUACUUUGAGAAGGCUGUAAAUGGUUUCCUGUCCGAUCUUUUCGCCAAGUGGAAGGAGAAGAACUGCAGCCACGAGGUGACGGUUGUCCUUUUCUCUCGCACGUUCUACACUGCAAAAACUCUGGAGGAGUUUCCAGAGAUCCUGCGAGCGUCCAUCAGACAGGACCACGAGGGACGCUUUUACGAAGACUUCUACAGGGUCGUGGCUCAGAACGAGAGACGGGACGAGUGGACGUCAUUACUUAUCACCAUCAAGAAGCUUUUCAUCCAGUACCCUGUGCUGGUGCGGCUGAAGGAAGCAGGCAGUUUUCCUGCAGGCUACAACUCCACCGCUGUCCAAGGAAACUACCUGGAGGCCAUCAACCUUUCCUUCAAUGUGUUUGACAAGCACUACAUCAACCGUAACUUUGACCGCACCGGCCAGAUGUCGGUGGUGAUCACGCCCGGCGUCGGUGUGUUUGAGGUCGACCGGCUGCUCAUGAUCCUCACCAAACAGCGCAUGAUCGAUAACGGCAUCGGUGUGGACCUGGUGUGCAUGGGAGAGCAGCCGCUGCACGCAGUACCGUUGUUUAAGCUGCACAACAAGACGACGCCUGGAGACUCGCGUGUGGGGGACGACUACAACCUCCCUCACUGGAUAAACCACAGCUUCUACACCUCCAAAAGUCAGAGUUCUUGUACCUUCUUCACCCCCCGAAUCAAACUGGCCGGUCGUAAGAUUCAUGCUGAAAGAUUCAAGAACAGCAAAGACCACGCUCCUUGUGCACCGAAGGACUCGGACAACAGUCUGCCUAUACAGGUGGACUACGACGCCUACGACGCGCCGGUCUUCCGGCUGCCCGGUCCUUCACGUAUUCACAGGAAUACCAACAUCAGGUACUGGACCGCUUGUAACAUCCUCCCAGCUCAGUGUGAUGGAUCCUCGUCCCGGCUGAACAGCUCCCUGUUUCUCAGGAUGGGCCGAGACCGGGAGACGAGUGGGAGGAAGAGCUGGGGCUCCAUGGACGUGAGCACGGGGACGAACGCCUCCCCCCCUGUUCGUUCAGGGGCUCCGGACGAGCAGAGGAGCCUGACCUCCGACGACAGCCUGGGCCCCGUGUCCAACAUGCUGCUGAUUCCCCGCCUUCCUCCGGCUCAGUACGAAGUCAGCAGUUCUCUGGGAUACACGAGCACGAGAGAUUUAUUAGAGAAGAUGAUGGACUCUCAGCGGGACUCCAGCGCCCCGGGCAGGUUCACGGUGGGGAGUGCCGAGUCCACGCUGCACAUCCGUCCGGGAGGAUACAGCACCCAGAGAGCCCUCAUCAACCCCUUCACCCCCUCCAGGAUGCCCAUGAAGCUCACCUCCAACCGCCGGCGCUGGAUGCACACCUUCCCCGUUGGUCCUUCUGGGGAGGCGAUCCAGAUCCACCAUCAGACCAGGCAGAACAUGGCAGAGCUGCAGGGGAGCCAGCAGAGGGAUCCCGCCCAGACCUCCGCCGAGCUGCUGGAGCUGGCGUACCAGGAAGCCACUGGGAGGCAAACAAUCUCAAGACACACAGGCGAGAACGGAGGUUACGUAUGUGGAGGGAUGGAGGAGUUCACUGGGAGUCCAGGGAGCAACAACAGUGGACCGCUGAGCAACCGCUGCGCCUCCUCCCAAGACUAUUCCUCCAACGGUACAGAUCCAACCCUGCUGCUGUCUGCACCCCCGACAGUGCCCAGCUUCUGCUGCACAGUGGGGGUGGACUGGAAGUCCCUGACCACCCCGGCCUGCCUCCCCCUCACCACCGACUACUUCCCCGACCACCGGACGCUGCAGAACGACUACACGGAGGGCUGCUACGACCUGCUGCCUCACAGCGACCUGGAGAGGCGGGACGACGACGCUCCGGUGAUGAGUGCGUCUCAGGUGUUUGAGGAGUUCAUCUGUCAGAGGCUGAUGCAGGGUUAUCAGAUCAUCGUCCAGCCCAACAACAGGAAACCGCAGCCUGCCGUGGCCACGCCCCUGGGCAGCAGUCCUCUCUACGCCAGAGGUCUGGUGUCCAUGCGCCGCGUGGAGAAAGAGGAGGCGAUCUACUGGCUCAGCAUGGGCCGGACCUUCCACAAGGUCUGCCUCAAGGACAAGAUCAUAACUGUUACCCGCUACCUGCCAAAGUACCCGUAUGAGUCGGCCCAGAUCCAGUACAGCUACAGCCUGUGUCCUCCGCACUCCGAAGCCCAGUUCGUCUCCUGCUGGGUGGAGUUUGGACACGAGAGGCUGGAGGAAUACAAGUGGAACUACCUGGACCAGUACAUCUGCUCGGGGGGCUCCGAGGACUUCAGCCUGAUCGACUCCCUGAAGUUCUGGAGGACCCGCUUCCUCCUGUUGCCGGCCGGGGGGGCGCGGCGGGUCGCGGACGGGGAGGGGCACUGGGACGUCUACGGCGACGGAGCGGGAACGGGGAUGGUGGGGAACGGGGACUGGAUCCUGCUGGACGGCUUCAUCCGCUUCAUGGAGGGGCUGAACCGCAUCCGGCGACGCCAUCGGUCCGACAGGAUCAUCAGGCAGAAAGGAACGCCGCUGAAAGGACUGCAGGUCACUAGUCCUCUACCCUCGUACCCCGCGGAGCCCGUGGUGCCUCCACCAGGAAAGAGAGGGACGUCCGUUUUAUCAGCGCUGCUGGAGAUGGAGCAGAACCAAAACAGGACGGUGGAGGAGCAGCAGCCGAAGCCCUCGGUGGCAGUGAGUGACCUCUCAAGCGUUGCCACGGCUCCCACGUAUAUAGACAGUCCCCGCAAGGAUGCUACCUUUAUUUUGGAUUUUGUUCGUAGCCCUCGCUCCUCCUACAUCUAUCACUCUCAGCUUCCUGCAGAAACCUCUGAAGCUGCAGAUAAGGGGAUGCAGCCCGGACUGAUGGGAGCUGCAGCCGUGCAGCCUGCAGGGGAGUCUGCAGCUGGCAGUCUGGACACCAGCGGGCAGUCUGCAGCAGGGGCCGUCUGUCUGUCCUCCUCCUCCACUCUCUCGGAGAUUGUCGAGGCCAUCAAACACCCCACGAGGGGAGUGCAGCUGCUGCCGGAGCAGAAGGGCCUGCCGCUCAACUGCUUCAUCAGUACCGAGGUGGUUCACUGGCUGGUCAACAACGUGGAGGGCGUGAGCACACAGGGGAUGGCUGUGGACAUCAUGCAGAAAAUUCUUGACGAGGGUUUGGUGGCUCACGCUUCAGGAGAUGCUCUGCGUACAUUCGUCUACGGCUUCUACUUCUACAGGAUAGUUGGAGAAAAGGACGGCCUGUCCUCCCAGCUGCAGACGACGGCCGCCGGAGGCUGGUCGACUGCGGCGCUCGAGGACUUCGCCCUCUUCCAGAGGAAGUGGUUUGAAGUGGCUUUUGAGCUGGAGGAGCUGCGACCCUGUGACCUGCCCGCCUUCCUGCUGCCCUGGCUGCCCAGCCGGCCAGCCUCCUACGCAAGUAGGCACAGCUCCUUCAGCCGCAGCUUUGGAGGGCGCAGCCAGGCCGCCGCACUGCUAGCUGCUACGGUCCCGGAGCAGAAGACGGUCACUCUGGACGUGGACGUCAAUAACCGCAGCGACCGGACUGAAUGGUGCAGCUGUUAUUACCACGGCAACUUUUCUCUGAAAGCUGCCUUUGAGAUCAAGCUACAGUGGAUGGCGGUCACCGCUGCAGUGCUCUUUGAGAUGGUCCAGGGCUGGCACAGGAAGGCGGCCUCCUGCGGGUUCCUGUUGGUUCCAGCGCUGGAGGUUCCUUUUGCUCUGACGUCGUACCUGUACGGAGACCCGCUGCGAGCCCACCUCUUCAUCCCUCUCAGCAUCCAGUGUCUGCUGAAGAACGCCAGCGACAACCUCUUUGAAGGUUUUGAACCGGAGACCUACUGGGACAGGAUGCAGCUCUUUCAAGAGGCCAUACUCUACAGGUUUGGCUUCGUGCAUGACAAGUUUUCUGCCUCGACCUUUAAUUUCCCGGCAGAGAACAAGCUUCAGUACAUCCACGUUACAGGCACCGUGUUCCUGCAGCUGCCCUACUCCAAGAGGAAGUACUCCAGCGGGCAGCAGCGCCGGCGGAGAAACUCCACCACCUCCAACAACCUGGCCCCCUUCAGCGGCGAGGACCGGGUGGGCUACUACUGGGCGUACAACACCAUGCUGACCAAAGCCUGGAGAACGGGGGUGCUGGGGGACGAGAGGCUGGCCGACCGCCUGCUCAAGGACUUCACAGACUUCUGCUGCAACAAGGACAACAGACUUCUGAACUUCUGGGACAGCUGUCAGGAGAAAAUGAGCGCCAGCGCCCCCUGACAGGCUGGACAAGACUGCCUUUUAUUUAUGCACAUCUGGAACAGUAUUCAUGGUUUUCUGACUGUCUUAUUGAGAUCAUUUUUCAAAUUGAGUAUUGCUGCUACAUGGAGUCCUAGAAGUGAUUAAACAGCGUCAUAGAAACCA